AUGCGCGCUCUCCGCAUGCGACCGUCAAUCGCACGUGCUCGUCUCCCUCAGCGACCGUUCCUGCACCCCACACGAUCCGCAACAAUAGCCGCCAACGAGGCCGCAACAAACGCUCAAUCAACUGGCGCACGCACGAAGAACUUCGUUCACGGUACCUUACUAGCCAUUGGUCUUUCUUCCGGCUACCUCUACGUCACCGACACUCGAUCCAGCAUCCACGAAUGGCUUGUUGUUCCUGCUCUGCGCCAAAUCUACCCUGAUGGUGAAGAUGCACACCACGCUGGAACACGCAUGUUGGUCGCUCUCCACAGCUUUGGAAUGAAUCCUAGAGAACGUGGGGACGCUGACACCAAGGGAGACCUGGCUGUCGAGGUCUUUGGACACACAUUGGCCAACCCCAUUGGAACAUCAGCUGGCAUUGAUAAGGGCGCUGAAGUACCUACACCUUUGCUGGAGCUUGGUGCAAGUGUUGUUGAAGUCGGGGCUAUUACACUGCUGCCACAGGAAGGCAACCCUAAGCCCCGUGUAUUCAGGUUACCCAGCCAGAAUGCGCUCAUCAACCGCUAUGGGUUCAACUCUGAGGGCGCUGAGACCGUAGCUCAGAGGCUGCGCCAGCGUGUCAGGGAGUUUGCAUAUCACGAAGGCUUUGGACUUAGUGAAGAGGCGGAACGGGCAGUGCUCAAUGGCGAGGCUGGCGUACCUCCAGGCUCGCUGAAGCAGGGCAGGCUCGUGGCUGUCCAGGUCGCCAAGAACAAGACAACAUCUGAGAACGAUAUCGACGCUGUGGUCCACGACUAUGCGACCGCUGUUGCACAUGUUGGCAAGUAUGCUGACAUCCUUGUCGUCAAUGUCUCCUCGCCUAACACCCCCGGACUUCGCACGCUGCAGAACGCCGAACCCCUUACACGGCUGCUGAGUGGUGUUGUUGGAGCGGUAAACAAGCUCGAUCGCAAGACUAAGCCUGCCAUCAUGGUCAAAGUCAGUCCAGACGAGGACUCUGAAGAGCAGAUCUCCGGCAUUGUUGAAGCUGUCUGGGACUCUGGUGUCGACGGUGUCAUUGUUGGUAACACAACGAAGAAGAGGCCUGAUCCGCUGCCCGUAGGCUACCAGCUUCCUGCUGCCGAAGCUAAGAUCCUUCUUGAGCAAGGAGGCUACUCUGGUCCACAGAUGUUUGAGCGCACACUCGCUCUUGUCAGCAAGUACAGGAAAGCCCUCGACGCCGGGCCAAGACAACUCCCUGCUCCAUCGAAACCAGAAUCGUCCUCAUCGUCAGACAUGACUACAACAACCGUCGACCUCGAUACACCCGCCCCAACAUCAGCCUUCAACGAUCUAUCCGAGUCUGCACCACAAGUUACUGUGCAAUCUACACCAGAUGCUGCACCUGCGCCCAACGCACCACGUAAAGUCAUCUUCGCAACUGGCGGUAUCACAAACGGACGUCAGGCACGAGAGAUCCUCGAUGCAGGAGCAAGUGUAGCGCAAGUCUACACAGCGCUCAUCUACGGUGGCGCAGGCACCAUUAGCAGGAUCAAGCAGGAGAUGAGGGACGAAGCAGCUAAGCAAAAGACGGCGACGAAGAACGAGGAGACUGUGACCGGGAGAUGA